CGCGGGACUUCAGGAUUGUGCGCACAUUUGCUUGUUGCCCACAGUGAAAGUUUGAGUUGAAUUUCGAAGAUUUUUUAUCCCGUGAUACAGCUUUUAAUUUGUUAAAUAACCAGCAAGAUGUGGAACCAGGGAGGAUACGCAGACACUACCAUGGCUGGGGGCUACACUCAGUCCCCAGGAGGCUUUGCAUCACCUUCCUUGACCCAGGGAGGAGAGAAGAAAGGGAGGACCCGUGCCACACAGAUCAUCCCGUGUACGGUGUCUCAGCUAAUGUCUGCCUCUCAAGCUGAUGAAUCCUUCAAAGUUGGGGAUGUUGAAGUGGCACAGGUUACUAUUGUGGGGAUCAUAAGAAGCACAGAUAAGUCCAUGACCAACAUCCAGUAUAAAGUGGAUGAUAUGACAGGUGCUCCUAUGGAUGUGAAGCAGUGGGUAGACACAGAGGAUCCCGGUGUGGACAGCACAGUACUGCCACCAGGCACAUAUGUUAAAGUCUCUGGAAAUCUGCGCUCUUUUCAGAACCAUAGAUCUGUUGUAGCGUUUAGUGUCAGACCCCUGGAGGACAUGAAUGAGAUCACAUCACACAUGCUGGAGGUGGUCCACGCUCACAUGGCACUCUGUAAACCUCAGUCUAUGACCAAUGCAGGGGGAAUGAACAGCAGCAUAACAGCCAUGUCUCGAACAAAUGUGGGGAACAUGGGAACUAUGGGAGGAAUAGGUGGAGGCUAUCCAGGAGCAAACAACAUGGCCAACAAUGGGUUAAGUGCAAGUCAGAAUCAGGUGUUAAGUUUGAUAAGAAGUUGUCCAGAUCAACAAGGCAUCAGCAUUCAAGACAUAAAACAGCGACUCAGUGGCAUGAGCAUCAAUAUCAUAAAGCAAGCGGUGGAAUUCCUGAGCAACGAGGGGCAUAUUUUUUCCACCAUUGAUGAAGACCACUAUAAGUCAACAGACAAUGAUGAAUAGACCUGAUUCUGUUUUAAAACUUGUGUGUGUAUAUUCACUUGAACUAAAGGGCAUGAAGUAGACUCUUAGGUCCUUCAGUUCACACAUCCUGUAUUAAUGGCUGCUUCUACUAUUUUGUGAUUUCCCCCAAGGCUUGUAAAGCAUUUAUUGUUAAUUUAACUUCCUCUUUACACAAAGCAAUUAGUAAUUUUACCAUGAUGGACAUGUAAGUACUAGUGUUUAUCUUUAGGAAAUGACAUUUUGUCAAAAUAAAAUGUACAAUUCUGUUUCUAGUAAAAGUUAGUACUUUUAAGCAAAUUCUAAUAAAAGUACAUGUAUGGUGUCACUA